AUGAACAGCCCCCCCAACAGCCUAGCGUCACUCCUCUCAGCCGUCCCCAAUGUGUACCAAGGCGCACCGCCGGCGCCGCCUGCCGAGGAGGGGAACCACGACGCGAUAAUCAUGACAUACCUCCGCGACGCCUACGAACCCGUCGAGGAACGCUACUACCCUCCCUACCGGCCGUCUGCGCCGCGCGGUGCUCCGCCCUCGCCACCCGACCCAACCGUGCCCAUCCCCACCACACUUGCCAACAUUGGUGCAGCACUGGCCAAUGCAACGGAUACGCCAUUCACGAUAUCCCUUCCCCCUGCAGUGGGGAUGGAAGAGGCGUUCACAGACACGUUGGACCGCGGCGAAAUGGGUGGGAAGCGGCGCAAGGCACCACACGAGCGCGCCGGUUGGAAGGAGAUGGACGACGAGAAGCGCCGUGAUGGAUCCGCUGAAGCCGCUGCAACGCUCAUUGCAUUUGAGGAGGAGGAACGGCCAUCUAAGCGACAGGCCAAGUCAAAGGAAGCGCGGGCAGAACAGAACCGCAAGGCACAGCAACUGUUCCGCCGUAAGCGCGAGGAGAAGAUCAAGCAACUCGAACUCGACUCUAUGGCUUUAGCAAGUACACGUUCCCGCCUUGCUGUUGCCGAAGCCCGGUUAUCCGACAUGGCCUUAGAACUCGAGGCCAAGAUGAUCGAGGCGCAGGGUAUGCGGAGGGCACUGGCUACAGCAGUAAAUGUUGCUGGACUUAGUGUUGUCAAGCCUGAUGGAGCGCUCGUCCUCUCUCCAGAAGAGUAUGAGGGGCGGGAUCGGGCACGCGUCACUCCAGCCCACCUCGACGCGGCAUGUGAUGGACUCGCAAGAGCUGCUCGGCAGCUCGCAAAGGCUAAUCGACGGCAGAGGGAGGAUGUGCGUGCUGCCCACGAGGCCAGCCAGCAUGCUCAGGCUUAA